AUGAAGCCUUCACUACCAACUCGUCAUUUAAAUACUAAACACUCAGAUUCAAAGAACAAAAAUAUCAUUUUUUUCAAACGUUUGCUAGAAAAUAAAAAUAAAUGCUAUAUGCGUACUUACUUUUCUACGGGUAGUGCUAACGAAGAUGCUGUCGAAGCUUCUUUUCGAAUUAGUUAUCGUAUUACUAGAAGUGGUAAAAAUCAUACCAUCGGCGAAAAUUUGAUUUUGCCAAGUAUUAAAGACGCAGUUUCUUGUAUGUUUAGAAAAGACUAUGUCCAUCUAUGUCCAUAAAAUAAAUGCUAUCCCAUUUAACAACCACGAAUGGCUUCAAAAACUUGCAUACUUGGCCGAUGUUUUUUUGAAAUUAAAUACUCUAAAUUUGGCUCUUCAAAACAGUUCACUGAAAACAUUUUAAGCCACUGACAAAGUAGAAUCUUUUGUUAAAAAGUUAGAGUUUUGGAAGUCGUGUAUUGAGAAUAAUCAACCAGAAAUUUUUGAAACACUACACGAUUUUCUCUGUGAAACUGAUAUGAUCCUAUCACAAGACAUCAAAAAACAAGUUAUUCAACACUUAACUGGGCUCACAGUAGCUUUUGAAAAAUACUUUCCUAAAUUUGGAAAAGAAGACCACUGAAUCGCAUUCCCUUUCCGUGAAAACUAUUUCAAAUCUGCCGUUUUAUCAGUACAAGAAAAAGAAAAACUAUUAGAACUGAAAACUAAUUUUUCACUUGAGACAGCAUUUCAAAAGAAAUCUAUUAUCAUCUUUUGGGUUGAUGUGAAAGAAGAAUAUCCUGAGCUAUCAUGCAAAGCAUGCAAUGUUCUGCUACCAUUCACAAGCACUAUGAUGGUGUAA